AGAACUCGAAACCCAGAUAAAGAGAUUACUGGAUUAUAGACACGACGUGUUUGGGACAUGGCCGCAGCCCCGAUAGAUGAAUGGAUACCUCGAAUCGAAGCUGGAGGCGAUGAAAUCCCCAAUUACGUACACCCUGAUUAUUUUACAAUCAAGGUAUACCAUGGUGGGUACAUAGAGCAUGAGGAUAGCAAGUACAUUGGUGGAACUGUCAGCUACUAUGAUAAUGUGGACAAGGAUAAAAUGUCAUUGACUGAGGUGGAUGGCAUAGUGAGAGGGAUCAAGUCUGAGUAUGUGAGAACAAGGAUUGAUUACUGGUACUCUAUUGGCAGUGAGUAAGAUGCCAUGUCUAAGCUGAACAAUGACUCGGAUGUCAUCAGAAUGUGUUGCAUGGUGCCAGAAAUCAGACUGGUUAUUCAGUACCUAGACCACUUAGAGCUUGUCCCGGAUUAUGAAGAUUUGGAGGAUUUGUUCAUGUAUGAGGAUCAGAUACCUAAUUGGGGAUGCAGUCAAGCUGGAUCAUCUGGGGUUAUAAUAGAGGAGCUCCCUGACUCACCAAGGAAGCCAAAAUCGGGGGUGAAGAUUGAGGAGAUUCCUGAUUCACCUAAAAGGCAUGCUGAGAAAGUAAAACCAGUGACAACACCAUCAAGGAGGUAUAAACUGUGUGCAAACAGAAAGAAGGCUGUACCUGCUCUACCUGGUGUGAAGAUCAAUGAGGCUCAAGAUGAAGUUCCAACUCAAGCUAGUAGGGCUCCAACUGUUGACCCUAGUGAUAAGGGAAAAAAGAAAAUGCAGAUGGAGGAACUAGUUGAAGAAGAUGACAGUGAAGAUGACAGGUGGUUUCAAGAAGAAGCUGAAAAUGAAGUUGCAGAUGAUGGAUGGUUUCAAGAAGACCUUGAAGAUGAGGUAGCUAGUAGGGGUGAAGAAAAUUAUGUUGAAGCUUCUGAUGAUGAUGAUUCAAAUGAUGAUGAUUACAACCCUGCAAAAGAUGAUGAUGAGUAUGCAGGGUAUGGAGUGGAUGAUGAUUUUCUCUUUGACUGGUUAACAAAAUCUGAGGUUGUGUCUAAUCCAGGGGAGGGCCCUUAUGUAGCAGGUAGAGGUCAACAGACUAAUGAGGAAAGUUUUGAUGAUGUAGAAGAUAAUGAGCAGAUGUUUGGGGUAGAGGAUUCAGAUGAGGAAAGGCUAGGGCCAGAGUAUAACUCUGAUGAUGAUGGAGGUGAAGACAGAUUCCCUGAGUUUAAUCCUAAGGUUGAUAUGAGGGAUCCACACUUCUGCAAAGGGAUGAAGUUUGCCACAGCAAAGGUACUCAGAGCUGCCAUAAGAGAGAGGGCCAUUCAAAAUGGUUGGGCAGCUGUUUUUCUGCAGAAUGAUAGGCUGAGGAUUAGAGCCAUUUGCAAGGCACCAAACUGUCCCUUUGAGCUGUUUGCAUCAAAGAUGCAGCAUGAGGACACCCUGAUGAUAAAGACUUACAAUGGAGAACACAAUUGUCCAAGGAUUCUUGAUAAUAGCAUGGUAAAAACACCAUACCUUACACAGAAGUUUGCUGAGCAAAUCAAGCUGAAUCUUGGUAUUUCAACACAGUCUCUUGCACAGACAAUGGCAGCUGGUGUGAUGGAUUCUUUUUUCAACAAGCUUAUAGAACCAAGAAGGCUGCAUUGAGUCUGCUUGAGAAGAGCAUGAAGGAGCAAUAUGCUCGAGUACAGGAUUAUGCACAGGAGCUGAAAAGGGUGGAUUCAAACACCACUGUUGAUAUCAAAUAUGAUUUCAACAACCCUGGUAAGCUCCCUGUUUUUAAGAGAAUGUACGUUUGUUUAGGAGCUUUAAAGAUGGGGUUCAGAGCUGGAUGUAGGCCCAUUUUGGGGCUAGAUGGUUGCCACUUAAAGAGUGCUUAUGGUGGGCAGCUAUUAUCAGCAGUGGGAUUGGAUCCAAACAACACAACCUGGGUGGUAGCUUAUGAUAUGGUUGAGAUGGAGAGUAAGGAUUCAUGGGAUUGGUUUUUGAGGUUGUUGGUGAAAGAUUUGGAGAUUACAAGAGAUGGCAAUGGUUGGACUUUCAUAUCAGACAAACAGAAGGGACUGCUACCUGCAUGUGAAGCUGUGGUGCCUCUUGCAGAUCAUAGUGUGUUAGACACUUGUGGACCAAUUUCAAUAAGCUGUUUCCUCGGAAAGUUUUUAAGGACAAGGUCUGGGCAAUUACCAAAGCAACAACCAUGGCCUACUACACCAAAGAGCUGGUUUUGAGGAAGCAAAUGGACCCCAAAGCAUAUGACUGGUUAACAAGUAUUUCAAUACUAUAACCCUACUGUAUUAGUACUUGUGUUAUGAAGAUGGCAACCUAAGGUUAAUUUGGGUUGAAUUUCAUUUUGUAGAUCCUUUGAGGCCCCCAAAGCAUUGGUCUAGAGCUCACUUUGGCACCAUCCUGAAAUGUGAUGUUCUUCUUAAUAAUUUGUGUGAAAGUUUCAAUGCUUUUAUUUUACCUGCUAGAAGCAAGCCUGUGAUUUCAUGCUUUGAAGAUAUUAGGGUCAAGAUGAUGAAGAGGAUUGCAAUGAGAAGAGACAAGAUGAGCAAAGUUGAAGACCAUUUCUGUCCCAAGCCUAGAGAACUCCUAGAGAAGAACAAGAUUAAAUCUGCAACAGAUUGCAUACCAUAUGGCUCUGGCAUGUAGAAAGCUUUGGAGGAUCUAAGCAUGUGGUUGACCUGACUAGGAGGACAUGUGCAUGUAGGAGAUGGGACCUCACAGGCAUAACAUGCAAGCAUGCCAUAGCUGCUAUCAACUUCAUGAGACAAACACCAGAAGACUAUGUGGAUUCUUGCUACCUCACCAAGACCUACAUGGCUGUUUACUCUAACACAGUAAAGCUAGUGAAUGGAAUGGACUUAUGGAUCCCUAGUGGUGAACCCCAAAUCCUCCCACCUCAGUACAAUAGGCAUCCUGGUAGGCCAAGAACCAAAAAUGAUUAAAGAUGCAUCUGAAAAGGAGUCUGAGGGUCCAAAGCUUGGCAGGGUUCAAAAGAGUUUGAGGUGUAGCAACUGUGGCAUACUAGGUCACAAUGUGAAGACCUGUCAUAGGCAUCUUCCCCCCAAGGAAAAAGCAGCUAAGAAGAGGAAACUGAACACUUGAGAAGUUUCAUCAACUCAAACUCAAACUCAGGCCAAGGGUAGCAAAAAGCAGCCGAAGACCAAAAAUGAGCUUAGAGAAUCGGCAAAGAGAAGAGCUGAACAACAGAAGAAAAAGAGGGAUGAAAAGAAGGCAGCAGCAAGGGCAUCAAAAGCAUCAACAACUACAGCUGCUUCAAGCAAGGGCAGACCUCCAAAAGCUCCUUCAAGCAAGGGAAGACCAGCUGCUUCUUCACAGGCUUCAUCAGGGUCAUCUGCAAGGAUCCGGGCAAAUGCAAACAAUGGUGGAAAAUAGAGCAGGAGCUGUAUGGGUUAGCAACCAAGGUUAAGUUAUGAUUUAGAGAUGCAUGUAGCAACUUUUUGUGCCAGAAGGUUGCUAGGUCUAAUAUUUUGUUUAGAUUAUUAGACCACUACAAAAAAGAAUUCCAAUGGCUUCACCAAUUUGCGUCGGUCUUCAAUAGCCAUCGCCAAAACCUCCUCUUUCGCGACGGCAAAACCUGAGGGGUCGCGAUUGUGCAAAAUAUUUGCGACGGUAACAACUGCCGUCGCCACUGGGCGUCGCAAACCCAACGACAAAAGGGGCUUUUGCCACGGCAUGGCGCCGUGGCUAAUGCAAUU